UUAUUAGUGAUGACUUAAAGACAGGAGACGGUGGAAGACCAGGAAGCAGAAGGGGUUGACUCUUGAGGAUUUGGAGUUUUACGGCCACGGUGGUGGGUGGUGCUGAGCGGCAACUGCGGAUAAGGGACGGGGCUGCUUUAGCCUUGUAGUUGGAUCCUGCAGGUUUAAUAUCUAUAUUUAAUUAAGAAACAAUGGUUUCUGAUCUGGAGGCUAGUCUUAAGAUUGAGUUAGCGAAGAGCCUGGCCAGCAGUUGGGAAGAAGUUGUAAAGAUAUACGAGCGAGAACAAAGAGCUCACAAGAUCAAGAUCAGCCAAUCGGGGAACACAGCAUUGCAUAUAGCAGUUUCAUGUGAGCAAGAAGACACAGUAGAACAACUAGUGAAAUCGAUUGCUAAGAAUGGGCAUCUAUGGGAUGUUCUAUCUAUAGAGAAUGGAGAUGGGAACAAUCCUCUCCAUUUGGCAGCCUCACUGGGAAGCAGAUCCAUGUGCAAAUGCAUCACUGAUGAGUGUAAAGAACUGUUGGGUCGCCGCAACCGAGAGGGUGAUACGCCCCUUUUAAGGGCAGUUCGCUAUGGCAAGAAAGAGGCUUUCCUCUGGUUGUAUAGUAUGUGUGAAGGCAACACAGCCACUGGCUACUGUAAGAACGACGAUGGUAAAAACGUUCUCCAUCUUGCCAUUGAAGGAGGACACAUGGAUUUGGCGUUUCAAAUUAUUCAAAAGGAGGAAGAUCUCAUGGACUCUUUUGACCGUGAAGGAAUCUCCCCUCUGCAUGUCCUAGCUGAGAAGCCUACUGCAUUCAGAAGCGGAAUUCAUUUCAGUUUGCUCAACAAAAUCAUGUAUCAUUGUAUUUUUGUUGAAGAGCUCGUCCCAGGGGCUCCCAAAGCAAAGAAGAACAUCUUUCAAGAACUACAGAAGAUGAUUAAAUUACCAGGAAAAUCUAAAAAGCACUUGGAUCAAGAGAAUCCUGAAGAAGGGCAAGGUAUUGAACUUCAUGGUCAUAAUUCAAGCAAUAUUGGAGCUCAAGGACACAUACCAUUCCCCUCAAAAUAUGGCAGAUGCCUGAGGUUCAUCAAGCUUCUUGUAUCCCAAGUACUGCUGGUUAUCAUCUCCGUGCUGCCAGGUUCAAGUCAGAUAAAGAAGCUAAAAGAGAAAAAGGAGAUGCAUGUGUGGUCUCUUCAGAUCAUGAACAAACUACUUGAACAUGCUGAGAGGCAUACAUAUAAAAUGAAUCCCAAAUAUGAUGAGCCAAGCCGACGUCAUCAUGAUUGUUGUAUUUCAGAGUAUGGAUACUUCCGAAGGGGAGGAGCUUUGGAGACGCCGAUACUAGUUGCAUCAAAGAAUGGCAUCAUGGAAAUGGUAACGAAAAUCCUGGAACUGUUUCCCAUGGCCAUUAAUGACACCCACAAAGAAAAUUGGAAGAACACAGUGCUGAUGGCAGUAGAGAAUAGGCAAUCACAUAUAUAUGACUUCUUACUCAACAGAAAACAUCUUCUUGAUAGAGAAAUUGCAUUUCGUGCUGUUGAUUACCGCAAAAAUACUGCAUUACAUCUAGCUGGAAAGCUAGCAGGGUACCACCACCGCCAGCAUAUCCCCACCAGCAUGUUGCAAAUGCAGUGGGAAGUCAAGUGGUACCAGUACGUGCAGAAUUCCGUGCAAUUUGAUAUUAGGAAAAAUCGGGAUGAAUGUACUCCAGAUGAGAUCUUCCAAAAAAACCAUGCAAAUCUUGAAGAUGAAAGCAAACGAUGGAUAGAUAGCACAUCCAAUUCCUGUUCUUUCAUUGCAGCACUCAUAGCAACUGUUGCCUUUGCCUCAUCAGCCUCUGUGCCUGGUGGAGUAAACCAAGAGACAGGGGUACCAAUUCUUCUACACCAUCUGGCUUUCAGUAUUUUUGCAAUGUCAUCCCUACUUGCUCUUAGCUGUUCAAUGAUCUCCUUGCUAAUAUUCCUCGCCAUUUUCGUCUCCAAGGACCAAAACCAAGAUUUUACUAGAAACUUGCCGAGGAAAUUUUUGCUUGGUUUAACCUCUCUCUUCAUAUCCAUAGCGGCCAUGUUGACCUGUUUCUGCUCUGGGAACUUCUUGAUGCUUAAGCAUCAAUUAAAAUAUGCUGCAAUUCCGGUAUAUGCACUCACCGGCUUGGUAAUGGCAUACUUUGUUCUCAAGCACUUUCCAUUAUUUAUUGAUCUUAUGAAGGCUACAUUUCGUAAGGUGCCUGAGCGUAUAUACAAGGAGUAUCUGUAGAUUGCUUUCGAUCUGGGCGCAAGGAGGACCUUAUGCCAUGGUGGUGGCCAGAUCUGAUGAUGAUGUAAUUUUUCAGUUGUUUUGUGUCUUUCAAAUUUAUAUAUGACUGUAAUCUUCCUCCUGGAGUACAGAUUCUUAUCAAAUUGAUUGAUAACACGCAAACAAUGGUGACUUCGUUAA